AUGGCCCAUGUGUUACAUAUCGUAGACAGUGUAACACUUCUGUACGCUUAUAAGGAGCCUUGCAUUGAAAAACUGCUGGUAAAGCCAACAUUAUCAGCUGUACCGCACAAUACCAGCUGUACCGCACAGUAUCAGCUGUACCGCACAGUAUCAGCUGAAGCACCAACACUAGUACUGUCAGCUGUACCAAAGCAGCACAACACUGCCAGCUGUACCAAAACUGCCAGCUGUACCAACACUGUCAGCUGUACCAACACUGCCAGCUGUACCAACACUGUCAGCUGUACCAACACUGCCAGCUGUACCAACACUGCCAGCUGUACCAACACUGCCAGCUGUACCAACACUAUCAGCUGUACUAUAAGCUUGAUGCAUGCUGAAGGGAGCGAAUUUGAACGUGACACUUCUAGUAUCGAGGAUGGGGGUACAGAGGGUGACAGUGAAUGUGACACCUGGGGUAUCGAGGAUUGGGGUACAGAGGGUGACAGUGAACGUGGCACCUGGGGUAUCGAGGAUGGGGGUACAGAGGGUGACAGUGAACGUGACACUUCUAGUAUCGAGGAUGGGGGUACAGAGGGAGACAGUGAACGUGACACUUCUAGUAUCGAGGAUGGGGGUACAGAGGGAGACAGUGAACGUGACACUUCUAGUAUCGAGGAUGGGGGUACAGAGGGUGACAGUGAACCUGAUACAUGGAGUAUCGAGGAAGGGGGUACAGAGGGAGACAGUGAACGUGACACUUGGGGUAUCGAGGAUGGGGGUACAGAGGGUGACAGUGAACGUGACACCUGGGGUAUCGAGGAUGGGGGUACCGAGGGUGACAGUGAACCUGAUACAUGGAGUAUCGAGGAAGGGGGUACAGAGGGAGACAGUGAACGUGGCACCUGGGGUAUCGAGGAUGGGGGUACAGAGGGUGAUAGUGAACGUGGCACCUGGGGUAUCGAGGAUGGGGGUACCGAGGGUGACAGUGAACGUGGCACCUGGGGUAUCGAGGAAGGGGGUACAGAGGGAGACAGUGAACGUGGCACCUGGGGUAUCGAGGAUGGGGGUACAGAGGGUGACAGUGAACGUGGCACCUGGGGUAUCGAGGAUGGGGGUACAGAGGGUGACAGUGAACGUGGCACCUGGGGUAUCGAGGAUGGGGGUACAGAGGGUGACAGUGAACGUGACACUUCUAGUAUCGAGGAUGGGGGUACAGAGGGUGACAGUGAACCUGAUACAUGGAGGAUCGAGGAUGGGGGUACAGAGGGUGACAGUGAAUGUGACACCUGGGGUAUCGAGGAUUGGGGUACCGAGGGUGACAGUGAACGUGACACCUGGGGUAUCGAGGAUGGGGGUACAGAGGGUGACAGUGAACCUGAUACAUGGAGGAUCGAGGAUGGGGGUACAGAGGGUGACAGUGAACGUGACACCUGGGGUAUCGAGGAUGGGGGUACAGAGGGUGACAGUGAACGUGACACCUGGGGUCUCGAGGAUGGGGGUACAGAGGGUGACAGUGAACCUGAUACCUGGAGGAUCGAGGAUGGGGGUACAGAGGGUGACAGUGAACGUGACACCUGGGGUAUCGAGGAUGGGGGUACAGAGGGUGACAGUGAACGUGACACUUCUAGUAUCGAGGAUGGGGGUACAGAGGGUGACAGUGAACGUGACACCUGGGGUAUCGAGGAUGGGGGUACAGAGGGUGACAGUGAAUGUGACACCUGGGGUACGGAGGAUGGGGGUACAGAGGGUGACAGUGAACGUGACACUUCUAGUAUCGAGGAUGGGGGUACAGAGGGUGACAGUGAAUGUGACACCUGGGGUAUGGAGGAUGGGGGUACAGAGGGUGACAGUGAACGUGACACUUCUAGUAUCGAGGAUCGGGGUACAGAGGGUGACAGUGAACGUGACACUUCUAGUAUCGAGGAUGGGGGUACAGAGGGAGACAGUGAACGUGAUACCUGGGGUCUCGAGGAUGGGGGUACAGAGGGUGACAGUGAACCUGAUACCUGGAGGAUCGAGGAUGGGGGUACAGAGGGUGACAGUGAACGUGACACUUCUAGUAUCGAGGAUGGGGGUACAGAGGGUGACAGUGAACGUGACACUUCUAGUAUCGAGGAUGGGGGUACAGAGGGUGACAGUGAACGUGACACCUGGGGUAUCGAGGAUGGGGGUACAGAGGGUGACAGUGAACGUGACACUUCUAGUAUCGAGGAUGGGGGUACCGAGGGUGACAGUGAAUGUGACACCUGGGGUAUCGAGGAUGGUGGUACAGAGGGUGACAGUGAACCUGACACCUAG